AACAAACAUAUAGUACUUUUCUGCUUCAUUGUUUUCUUUCUGCUAGUAUUUAGGUCUUCCUAAGGCAGUUUUAAAGUGAUUAUAACUGGAGUUGUUGUGUUUCAUCUGGUCAGACCUGAUUUUCCACUUCAGAACUACAGCCUAUGUUGUAUGGAAGCACUGGAGUUCUGUAUUGUUUAAACAGAUUGGGGUACAGUAUUAUGAUCUUUUUCAUACAUUGUGCUGAUUCUUGCUGCAACUUGUGUUAUCUUGAUCUAAUAUUACAGUUAUAAAAUUGAAAUGGUGUUUUUAAAUUGGAUUUGAGCAGGUCCUGAGCUGCUUAUUAUUUUAGUGUGAAAUCUUUCUGAAGAAGAUGAUGUGACAAAUUGAGGGAGGAAAAAAGGAUUCAUUUACUGACAGAUUGAGUGUAUACUGAUAACUUUCUACUUUGUUAAAACAUUUGCAACAUUUCCAUAAGCAAAUCUUUAAAGGAGCAAGCACCCGUGUGAUGCACUGUCCUUAUUCAUUAAAAUUUGUAGCGUACUUUACUGGAUUAGUACUUUCCAUGAGUUUUGGUGGGACAAAACCCAAGCUGUUCUGGUACGUAAUCAGUCUAGUGGAUGACUUUAUAAUCUCAUAUGAAUAGGUUACAUCCCUAAAUCCCAGCUCUAACUGUAGAAUAUGAGUCUGGAAUGAAUUUAGGGAGGACAUACUCAAGUUUACAAAUGUGUUUAUGCAGACACAGGGUGGAGCUGUGACCGCAUCCUGUCACUUUUUGGUAUAUUGUACCCCACUGGAGACCUUGAGCCAUUCCACCCACCCUGUGCAGAGAUUUAUCAUAGGCUGGCCAGUACUUGUGCUCUCUUCCCAUCUUUUCAGAAGAUGCUGUGUGCUACCCAGUUACCUCAUAAUCUGUUUCAUUUAACUGCAGAAAGGGAAAUGUCAGUGCUUUUCUUAUGCAGAGCUAGUGAAUGUGCAGAAUGUCCACUGUUUCUGGGUACUGUGUAAGGCUGUAGUUGUUCUGCAAAUAGAAGUGCAGAGCUCUUGUUUUCAUUCAGUGUGAAAAAACUCUUCUUGAAUUUUGCUUUAUUUAAAUUAUUGACUCCCGAUAUUCAAAAGAACUGAGAUGAAUCCAGUUACUUUGCCCUAGUUCUAAGUUUAAGUCAUUCAAAGAUGCUAAGUUUUGUGGCUAAAUGUACGAUUAUGCCAGAACUAAUUUCAGAGGUUUUUAAAACCUUUUGAUGAACCUGUGGUGAGUGGCAAGUUGAAAUGAAACUUGAAACCAUAUGGUUAAGAUUUUACAUUUGAACAACUUAAUACUUUAAAAGUGCUGAGAAUAUGUUAGUUUGGCUGUAUUUUCUGCCUUUGUUAAUAAUAAAAUGAACACAAGGACAAAUAUUUUUCUUUUGAAGAAUGCUAAUAGCACUUCCAUUUAUUUUAUUUUUAACAGUUAUUUUAAAAUUAAUUGAAAUGGUUUUCCAUGGAGUUUUAUCAAUUGCAAAAAAAAAAAAGAACCCAACCCAUACGUAAGGUGGAAGAUGUUCUGUUGUUUCUCAUAGCUCUGGGGGACUGGUUUGUAUCACAGAUGACUUUUCUUUUGGAGUAAGGGUAGUUUCUAGGCAAUGCUUUCUCAUGUGUUAUUGUAGAAACCAGUAUCUUCAGCCUGUGUAGUUCUGAACUGUAAAUUUCUUACACUUAUUUUUCUAACUGGAAAUAUUUAGUACCUUUAUUCUUGUUUUGUCUACAAAAUUAGUUUCAAUAGCUUUACUAGUUUUACUUGAGAGAGCAUAUAGCACUUGUCUCUCUCCUUAGUUGGAUAUGUAGGUAAUUUUAACAUAGUAAGUUUUUUUUUUUUUAAUCGUUGCUCAUCUGAUGAGUUUCUUGCCUGACGUGCUAAGAAACUCUUCUGCCAUCUGUGGAGACACUUUUUUUUUUUAAUGUUCUCUACAUAACAUUUAGAAAAUAGGACACUAAAAUGGAUUUGAAUUCUGGUGUUUCCAUUUUUUUUGAAGAAGAGUAUGCAUGUGCGACUUGAAUUUGUAUUCCUAGGUCCUUUGACACAAGUAUGACUUUAGCCUUGCUUCAGUUAUGACUGGUUUUUUGUCUUGUGGUUUGUGGGUCAUUGUCCUCCCCCCUCCCCGACACCCUGUCUAUUGUAGACUUAGGCAGAUAGCAAUAGUAACAGCUUGAAGUUCUCUAAAAAUAUGGUUUUGAUGUUAAUGUAAUCUUACCUAGCACAGCUAUGUUUUUAUAUUUUUCUGGCUUCCUAGAGUACUAGAGCAGAAACAUUUGUGUGUAUUUUUUUUUUUUUUCAAACUACCAGUAUAAUAUUUCCUGUCAAUAUUCAAGUGUUACAGUAUCAUAAAUUCAUUAGGAAUCUGUCAAUUACUACUCAUGAUUGUCUUUAUAGUGAACUUAGUUUCAGAAUUUUUCUUGAUCCUCUUAUUUUUUUGUACACAGUGUACUACUUUGGAACAUGGAGUAUUCCAGGUCCCAGGAUUUACCAAUUUGUUGGAAACUGAUUAAUAAACUGUAACUGAUUGAUUUAGAAAUUCUGUUUGAAGCUAGGAAUGAGGCUGGAGUAAGAAAUGGUUUGAAGGCUUUUGGAAGGGUUAUCAGAAGGUGCCCCUCUGCAAAGUGGCUGUUGGAAGCAAGUCCAUUCCCAGAACUCCAAUUUUGUUGGAUAAGUUGGAUAUCUGACAUUAUUGUGGUGGUCUCUCCUGAAAAUAUUGAAACAAUGAAGACUAUCAUUGAAAAAUAUGGCCACAAAAGAGUUACAGUAGUAGAAGGUGGAAUAACUCGUCACCGGUCAAUUUUCAAUGGACUGAAAGUAUUUGCAGAGAAGGAAUUUUCCAGCCAUCUGCUCCAGAAACCAGAAGUAGUGAUUAUCCAUGAUGCUGUGAGGCCAUUUGUAGAAGAAGAUAUUCUUUCAAAAGUGGUUAUGGCUGCUAAAGAACACGGGGCAGCAGGAGCAAUUCGUCCUCUAGUUUCUACUGUUGUUGCCUCUGCUGCAGAUGGCUGUUUAGACCACUCAUUGGAACGUGCCAGGUACAGAGCGAGUGAAAUGCCUCAAGCUUUCUUGUUUGAUGUAAUCUAUGAAGCAUAUCAACAGUGUACAGACUAUGACCUGGAUUAUGGAACUGAAUGUUUGCAUCUGGCUCUGAAAUACUGUAAAACAAAUGCCAAACUUGUUGAAGGAACAGCUGACCUCUGGAAGGUGACCUACAAGCGGGAUCUGUAUGCAGCUGAAUCGAUUAUUAAGGACAACCUUUCACAAGAAGUUUGUGUUAUUACCGAUGCAAAUCAAACUGUUGCACAAGUUGGUUUUCUCCUUCCUGAGUCUCUGAAAAGACAAAUAAAAGUUGAAACUGUAUCGAUAUCUCAAAGCAGAAAUGAUAGCCAUCUACAAAGCAUCUUUUCAGGACAGUGCUACAAUUUUGUUUGUGUAAAUGAUAAAAAGUGUGCCAUUCAAGAAACCCAGCAACUAGUGCAUAUGUUGGAAAAAUCAGAUAUUCCUCUCUUAUAUCCAGUUGUCCUUAUUUCGGUGUACUUGGAUAUAUCAGGAAAUAAUUCUUUCAGCAUUGGGAUGGAAGAACUAGCUAGCAUCAAGAAAUUUGCAAGGGAAACUAAAAAGAAAAACAUUUUGGUUUAUGGUCUCCUUAUCCAAUAUAAGGACCCUUCACUUCUUCAGGAGACAGUAAAUUCUGCUGCUGCUCUUAUCAUGGCAUUAAUAAAGGACAGAAACCCGGAGCUGAUUGGCCAGCUGUUGGUAGCAUAAGACCAUAAAUCAUGUGUAGCUUUUGGAAACCUUUGUUUUUGUCAUCUAUUCACCGAAGGUCUUAAGUCAUUUUACUCUUUGAUUAAAACUAUGGAUUUAUGCCAUUUACUAUUAAGGUCCUUUAACAGCAUAUUUUUGAUACUUAAAAUGCAAGUCUGAUAUUAUGUAUAAAGUGUAAUAGGAAAUACAAAUAAUUCUGAGAUACACUGGGUACAUACUGUGAGGAAUGAUACUGAAAUGUUUUUUAAGGUACUGAUCAUUUAAAAAGGUGCACACAGGACACCAAAGCAUUCAUGCAGAAUUGUCUUUAAACAUGUGUGUGUGUUGUACUCUAGGAUUGCAUGACUUAAAUUUUAUUUAAGAUAAAUUAAUCCUAAAGCACAGCUUAUCUACUUUAUAUGAAAUUGUUUAAAAAUUGCUGCUGUAAUACCUAUCAGUGAAUGCAGAGUUCAUUGUAGAGUGUAGCCUUCCUGACAUCAAAAGAAACACAUAUUGCAAGAAGUGUGGGAAGGGUCAGGUCCCCAUCUUCUGUGAAAUGAAGGUAACCUCAAAUCAAAGAAAAGACAACAAGGUGCUAAACCCCAGUUUUCCAGAUGCAGUAUGCUCUGGCUGUAGCCUUUUGGUGCUACGCUUCUUCCAGUGCCCACGUGCCAUCAUUCAGAACUAGCUCCUGUAGCACCACUGAGUUACUGUAGUGCAAAUACUCUGGUUUUGCACAUCUGUGUAUGUAUAUGCAUGUAUGUGUGUGAGAAAAGGGUUAGGAC